CCUUUAAUCUCGCGAGGGUAGUCUCGUUGCCUUGGUAACGAGCCAGCCACAAGGUGAUGGGUAUGACUUAGACUACUGAACCACUGCGACCAUCUUCCCAUCCAACUUUGAGUAUCUGAGGGGGGCAGACGCCUAUUCGUGGCAGCUGACGGAUAACUAGCCUGGUCCGAGCUUAAGGGCGGAAGCUGGAGGGAUAGAAGAACCCAGAAGGAUUGGAGAGCGCUGGGCUGGGGUGCGCCUUGCAAGUGUCCAGGAAGAAAAGAAAAGAAAAGAAAAGAAAAGAAAAGAAAAGAAAAGAAAGGAAAGGAAAGGAAAGGAAAGGAAAGGAAAGGAAAGGAAAGGAAAGGAAAGGAAAGGAAAGGAAAGGAAAGGAAAGGAAAGGAAAGGAAAGGAAAAGGAGAAAAGAAAGCCGGUCCCAGCAAAUGAGCUUCUUCCCACAGGGCGGCGCUGUCGAGCAGUGAGUGUAGGAGGAGGACCUGGCCAACAGGAGUUGCUGUGCUUGGUUUCCAGCAUCCUUCCUGCUAAAAAAAAAAAAAAAAAAAAAAAAAAAAAGCCACCAUCCCCCCGCCGGGGUUGGGCUCCGACACACCUGCUGUGGCUUCUGCUUCCAACGUGGAAGAAACCCAGCCAAGGGCCACUCCCGCAGAGAACCCCUGUGUGUGCACGCUUGUGACUUCCUGCACUCAGAUCUUCCUCUGCAGCGGGUCAGCUGUGCCUCGUGUGCACAUGUAAGGAACUAGAAGCAAGAUCUGAGGCUCUGGGUCCAGGUGGUGGCGCACCUGCUUAAGCGCACGUGUUGCAGUGUGCCAGGAAGGACCCUGGUUCAAGCCCCUGGUUCCCAUCUGCAGGGGGAAAGUUUCACAAGUGGUGAAGCAGCGCUGCAGAUGUCCCUCCAUCUCUUUCCUUCUCUAGUUGCCCCUUCCCCAAGUCCCACUCCCUUCUCAAUUUCUCUGUCUCUAUCCAAUAAUAAAUAAAAGAUUUUUUAAUCUUUGAAAAAAAAAAAAAAAGACUUGAGACUAUUCCACAAUUCUAACUUUGGGAGUUGGAGUGUGUUCACAAAAUAACAGAAAUUUUGGGGUCAACUCCUGAAAGAAAUGUCGGAAGAUUCUGAAAAGGAAGAUUACUCAGACAGAACAAUCAGUGAUGAAGAUGAGUCCGAUGAAGAUACCUUUAUGAAAUUUGUGAGUGCAGAUAUCCACCCGUGUACAUUUUUCACAGCUGAUUCUAUCAGUGACCCGUAUUUCCCCCGGACUACACAGAUACUGUUGGAAUAUCAGCUAGGCAGAUGGGUACCACGCCUACGUGAACCCCGAGAUUUAUAUGGUGUCUCCUCUUCUGGUCCCCUGAGCCCCACACGGUGGCCAUACCACUGUGAAGUCAUCAAUGAAAAAGUACGCCAUAUAGAUUGGAGUCCUUCUUUUUCUGAGCCAAUGUACACCCCAACAGGCCAGGAGAUGGAGCCCCUUUAUCCAAACUCCAAGGAUAAUACUGUGGUUUAUCUAGCUGAAGAUGCUUACAAAGAGCCCUGCUUUGUGUAUUCCCGAGUUGGGGGCAACCGAACACCCUUGAAACAACCCGUGGACAACUGUGAUGAUACUUUAAUGUUUGAAGCAAGAUUUGAAAGUGGUAAUCUACAGAAGGUAGUCAAAGUGGCAGAAUAUGAAUACCAGUUGACCGUGCGGCCUGAUCUCUUCACAAAUAAGCAUACCCAGUGGUACUAUUUCCAAGUCACCAAUACUCAAGCAGGAGUAGUAUACAGAUUCACUAUUAACAAUUUCACCAAGCCUGCUAGUCUUUAUAAUCGAGGUAUGCGCCCACUGUUCUAUUCUGAAAAAGAAGCCAAGUGUCAUAAUAUUGGCUGGCUGAGAAUAGGAGACCAAAUCAAGUACUACAGAAACAACCCCGGGCAAGAGGGGCGCCAUUAUUUCUCUCUCACUUGGACAUUUCAGUUUCCACACAACAAAGAUACCUGCUACUUUGCUCACUGCUAUCCAUACACUUACAGCAACCUGCAAGAAUAUCUUUCCAACAUCAAUAAUGACCCCGUACGGUCAAAGUUUUGUAACAUACGUGUCCUGUGUCACACGAUUGCUAGGAACAUGGUGUAUAUUUUAACCAUCACUACCCCCUUGAAGAACUGUGACUCAAGAAAUCGAAAGGCUGUGAUUUUGACUGCAAGGGUGCAUCCAGGAGAAACCAACAGCUCCUGGAUCAUGAAAGGCUUCCUGGACUAUAUUCUAGGAGACUCAAGUGAUGCGCAGCUGCUUCGGGACACUUUUGUCUUCAAGGUGGUACCCAUGCUGAACCCAGAUGGUGUGAUUGUGGGCAAUUAUCGAUGUUCCCUUGCUGGACGAGAUUUAAACCGCAACUAUACAUCUCUCCUGAAGGAAUCAUUCCCUUCUGUUUGGUAUACCCGGAACAUGAUCCGUAGAUUAAUGGAGAAGCGAGAAGUGAUUCUAUACUGUGACCUCCAUGGCCACAGUAGAAAAGAGAACAUCUUCAUGUACGGCUGUGAUGGCAGUGACAGGUGCAAAGCAAUGUACUUGCAGCAGCGAAUCUUUCCACUUAUGCUGAGCAAAAACUGUCCAGAUAAAUUUUCGUUCUCAGCUUGCAAGUUCAAUAUUCAGAAGAGCAAAGAGGGAACAGGAAGGGUGGUAAUGUGGAAAAUGGGAAUCAGGAACAGCUUUACCAUGGAGGCCACAUUUUGUGGAUCUACUCUGGGUAACAAACGAGGCACUCAUUUUAACACAAAAGAUUUGGAGUCAAUGGGAUAUCAUUUUUGUGAUUCUCUCUUGGACUACUGUGAUCCAGAUCGAGCCAAGUAUUAUCAGUGUCUGAAGGAAUUAGAAGAGAUGGAAAAACAUAUAAACUUGGAAAAAGUAUAUGAUGAUUCAGAUGCUUCUCUGAAAGAAAUUACAUUGGAUCUAGAGUCUAGUAGCCGAGAAUCUGAUAGUUCAGAAUCCAAUGACUCUCCAGCUUACCUUCUCAAUUUAACUUCUCAGAUAAAAAAUAAGAACAAAUAUCUGAAAACAAAGAAGGAAAGAGAUUCUACAAUAACAAGUUGUCAAAAUGUCAGAAAUGACCAAGAGAUUUGUGAUAAAGGCCUUCUGGUGCAAAAAAACAAAGAAUUAAAUUCUGAGAUGAAAGUGAAAUUACCAAUCCAAACACAAAUGCCAAGACAAUGGCUUCUAAGAAGAUAUUUACGAUGGGGAGAACAGCCACAUCUGUACAACAGUACUGGUGAGAGUCUCAAGCAAGCUGACAUCACCAAGACCUCUUUGUUCACUGUCAGCUCGCUAAGUAUGAAUCAGAGGCUUAUCAGAGAUCAAUCAAGAAAAUGUACAGAAACCCGUGAGAAACCAAGCCAGGAAAUAAUUCAUGCCAGGAAUACUAAUAUUUAUGGAAACUGUAUCAAAGUGACAGCCUUGAAGUGUCCUAUGGGCAAAAAUCCUCCGGCUAAGACUGAGAAGACAAUGAUAACAACAGAAGGUCCGCACCAUGACAUAAAAAACAAAAUGAAAGAAUGUACAUCUUUUCAAAGCAAGAAGACUGAUAUAAAUUGGACAGAUGAUGAAAAACGAAUCUACAGGGAAAACAGAAUAGCUCAAACGCAAGAAAUACUACAGUAUUUAUUCCCUAGCAUGGAAAAUCCCAAACACAUGCAAACCACUCAGAUACAACAGAUGUUAAACCCAAGGAACAAGUUCCAAAACUCACCUCAACUAAAGCCACCAACCUUCAUGAAUGUAAGAAAAGGCAGCACAUCUUGGAUAGUACACAAAGAUGCCCCUCUUAUAGACACAAAGACUCUUAUGGUAAGUUCUUCAGAAUGGCUCCAGUCAGAGUCCCGGAGGUCAUUUGAAUGUCUUUCACCUCCCAAAGCACUCAAGAAGAGGAAAAAAUAUCCCCUAAUCAGACCCUUAAAGUCUAAAGACAUGCAGCCUCUCAGCAGCAGCUGGAAGACCGAUCAUUCAAGUUUUGGAAAUGAUAUGGGCAUUAUCAAAGACAAAAGUCUGUCAGCUGAAGGCGCCAUACAGCACAGUGUUAUGCAUAUCAUCCCCUAUCUAACUAAAAAUAAGGAUGAACAACUAUAGAAGAAUGAUGGACAAUACUCCUUCCAUAUUAACCUCCAAUUGGACAAAUAAUGUAGUUUUAUGCUGCUCUGAAAAUUGGGGGGGGGUGAGAAAUAACAUAUGCUUAUGUAGUAAAACAGGAAAAAAGAAAGAAAAAGAAAAGAAAGAAAAGCUGUCCCUGGCCCUUUAUCUCAACACGCCACACACACACACACACACACACACACACACACACGCACGCACACACACACACACACACACACGUGCGCGUAUCUGCACAUUCUGAAAUACAAAUCAAAG